GGCGCGCAGGAGCCACUGGGCCGCGAGGGCGCUGGGGAGCGGGAGGGGCGCGAGGGGCGGCGAGGGGUCACCGGUUGGCCUCCACGAACUGUUCUCCUCAUCCCCUAGCAAGACCCCACUCCCUCCAAUUGAUCGAAAUUCACCGAAAUUCACCGAGAGAGGGAGGGUGUAGGGAGAGGUCGCUCGCUGGUUACCGGCUGCGCCUCCCCCCGGCUCGAGCCGGGAAGCGGCCCCCGGUCCGUGGGGCGAACAGUGUGGGCGCCCGCGCCCCCUCCGAGGCAGAUCGUGGGGUGGCGGUCCCCGCACGGCUCGCCGCGCGGCCGCUCCGAUCCUCCCCCCCUCCCCCGCCCGCGCCCUCCCCCUUCCUUUCACUAGGACUCCGGGACUCGGGAGAGGGCGCGGGAGGCAGGCACACGGGCCCGACCCCACUCCAGCGCUCGCCGGGGACGCGGGCGGGCGGCGAGGGGACGCGGCGGGGGCGCGGGGCGGGCGCGGCCAUGGAGCGGCGGCGGCGGCGGCGGCGGCAGCACUAGCGACCGCGGGCGGACGAGCGGGCGGGCAGGGCCGCCCGGCGCCGCGGACCGAACUGCACAGCUCAGCAAAAGCGCCCUCGCCCUCCGCGCGCCGCCUCCUGCGAGCCCAAACCCGGCAACAUUUUUUAAAGCUCCAAUCCAUCCUUUGAAGAAAAGGAAAAAAAAAAUAGCAUUGAUCGGAGAGACGGGGAUAUAUAUAUAUAUAUAUAUAAUUUUUUUUUUUUUGGCUCCUGCUAAAAUUAGCCGGGCUCGCCGCGCGCCUGUGUGCGAGUGUGUGCGAGUGUGUGUGCGUGCGGGCGUGUGUGUGUGUGAAUGUGAUUACUCCAGGACUCCUCGGGCUCCGGAGACGCCAUUUUCCCCCUUGAUAUCUCUCUCCAUAAAUCGGUGGCGCGGCGGAGGCGGCCGCGCCGGGCGGGAAGCGCGGGGCCAGCCGGGGCGCCCGCCGCUCGCCGCCGCCUCCGCGCGCCCGGGGGCCCCGGCGCCCCCCGAGCGAGGGCGGCCCCCCGCGGCUCGCCGUUUGACAGAUGCUCAUCGCCAUGGAGUUGCCGCAGCAGCACCUUUGGGGGCUCGGGCGAGCGACGGGAGCCGGGAUCUGAGCGAGCGCCGGGGCCAGCGGAGCCGGAGCCGCCGGGACAUGGCCCCCCUCCCCUACACGCUGCAUACACCCCUCCUCCCAUGACCCACACGCUUACAACAAUUCUGAAAUCGGAUCCAACUGGAAAGAUUUUCUUUGGAGAUCGGAAAGUUGUGCAGUUGGAAGUGGAAGAUGAGGCUAGAGUUGCAGAUCUGACCUCUUCUGAACACGUGGCCGUGUCUCCAUCCCUGGGACUCUGAACCCAGCAGCUGGACCACUUUGUCCUUGGGAUUUUGGGUGUCCUCACUUCUUAUCUUUCUCCUUUCCUCUCUUCCCUCCCACCUCCUGAGAACUCCUGAAGACUGUAGGAUUGUCAUGGAGUCCAGGGAAAUCUUAAGCAGCUCCCGGCAAAGGGGGGACGAGUCGGAAUUCCUGCCUGUCUCCUCAGCCAAGCCCCCAACUGCCCCUGGCUGUGCAGGAGAACCUUUGCUCUCUGCUCCAGGAACUGGGAAGGGGAUCCCAGUGGGCGGAGAACGUAUGGAGCCAGAGGAAGAGGAUGAACUGGGCUCAGGGCGGGAUGUGGAUUCCAACUCAAAUGCAGACAGCGAGAAAUGGGUUGCAGGAGAUGGCCUGGAAGAACAGGAAUUUUCUAUCAAGGAGGCAAACUUCACAGAGGGCAGUCUGAAGCUGAAGAUUCAGACCACCAAGCGGGCUAAGAAACCCCCAAAGAAUCUGGAGAACUAUAUAUGCCCACCUGAGAUCAAGAUCACCAUUAAGCAAUCUGGUGACCAGAAGGUGUCCCGUGCUGGGAAAAAUAGCAAAGCCACAAAGGAGGAGGAAAGAAGCCACUCCAAAAAGAAGCUCCUCACAGCCAGUGACCUUGCAGCCAGCGACCUCAAAGGAUUUCAGCCACAGGCUUACGAGCGGCCACAGAAACACUCAAGUCUCCACUAUGACCCAGGCCUCCCACAGGACGUCACCAGUGACACCUUAAAACCAAAGCACCAGCAAAAAAGCAGCAGCCAGAACCACAUGGACUGGUCCACCAACUCUGACAGUGGACCCGCCACUCAGAAUUGCUUCAUCAGUCCAGAGUCUGGCAGAGAAACUGCAAGCACCAGCAAGAUGCCCGCUCUUGAGCCCGUGGCUUCCUUUGCGAAGGCGCAGGGUAAGAAAGGCAGUGCAGGGAGCACGUGGAGCCAGCUGUCCACCAGCAGCAAAGAUCUGCUCUUGGGAGGUGUGGUCCCAUCCCCAGGCAGCCACGGCUCGCCAGCCCCGCCCAGCAGCUCUGGCGAGUGCAGCGGGCUGCAGCCCUUGGUAGAUCAGGAUGGAGGAGUCACAAAGGAGCCCCCAGAACCACCUGCUAUAGGCAGCAAGAAAAAGUCCAGUAAAAAAGAUGUGAUAAGUCAAACCAUAUCCAACCCAGACCUGGACUGGGUCAAGAAUGCCCAGAAGGCAUUUGACAAUACGGAAGGGAAAAGGGAAGGCUACCCUGCAGAUAAUGCCCACGAGGCAUCACCAGCCAGGCAGAACUCGAGUUCUGUCAGUAAUCCUGAAAAUGACUCAAGCCAUGUCCGGAUUACUAUCCCUAUCAAGGCACCCUGUCUAGAUCCAACCAGCCAUAAGAGGAAAAAGAGACAGUCCAUCAAAGCGGUGGUGGAAAAGAUCAAGCCGGAGAAAGCCCUGGCUUCCGGAAUCACUAUGAGCAGUGAAGUGGUUAACAGGAUACUUGCCAACACUGAGGGAAAUAAGAAAGAUCCCCGGGUCCCUAAAUUGAGUAAAAUGAUAGAGAACGAGUCCCCCUCAGCUGGCCUUGAAGCGGGCGGCAGUGCCGAGAAAGUCAUGCCUGGAGGCGUGACCAAGCAGCGAAAGCCCCCCAUGAUCAUGACGCCUCCAACGUGCACAGACCACUCUCCCUCCAGAAAGCUGCCAGAAAUCCAGCAUCCCAAAUUUGCCGCGAAACGGAGGUGGACGUGCAGCAAACCAAAGCCCACCAGUAUGCUCCGGGAGGCAGUCAUGGCCACGUCCGAUAAACUGAUGGUGGAACCGCCGUCCGCCUACCCCAUCACCCCGUCCAGCCCUCUGUACACCAACACAGACAGUCUUACUGUGAUCACGCCCGUCAAGAAGAAGCGGGGGCGGCCGAAGAAGCAGCCUUUGCUCACGGUGGAGACGAUUCACGAGGGGACUUCCACCAGUCCGGUCAGUCCCAUCAGCCGGGAGUUCCCCGGCACGAAGAAAAGAAAGAGACGACGCAGCUUAGCUAAGUUGGCCCAGCUGGUGCCAGGAGAGGACAAGCCCAUGAGCGAGAUGAAAUUUCACAAAAAAGUUGGAAAGCUUGGGGUACUGGAUAAGAAGACCAUCAAGACCAUCAACAAGAUGAAAACACUCAAAAGGAAAAAUAUCUUGAACCAGAUCUUAUCCUGCUCCAGCAACAUUGCUCUGAAGGCCAAAGCUCCCCCGGAGACCAGCCCGGGGGCGGCGGCCAUCGAGAGCAAAUUGGGCAAACAGAUCAACGUCAGCAAGAGGGGAACCAUCUACAUCGGCAAGAAGCGGGGCAGGAAGCCAAGAGCAGAGCUGCCACCCCCAUCCGAGGAACCCAAAACAGCCAUCAAGCACCCUAGGCCUGUUUCUAGCCAGCCGGACGUUCCAGCCGUGCCUUCCAACUUUCAGUCACUUGUGGCGUCUUCACCAGCAGCUAUGCACCCACUUUCGACGCAGUUGGGUGGGUCCAAUGGCAACCUGAGCCCCGCCAGCACCGAAACCAAUUUUUCAGAGUUGAAAACUAUGCCAAAUCUCCAGCCCAUCAGUGCUCUUCCAACCAAAACCCAGAAGGGAAUCCACAGUGGAGCCUGGAAGCUGUCCCCACCCAGGCUGAUGGCCAACUCGCCUUCCCACCUUUGCGAGAUCGGGUCACUCAAGGAAAUCACCCUGUCCCCUGUGAGUGAGUCGCACAGCGAGGAGACGAUCCCGAGCGACAGUGGCAUCGGGACGGACAACAACAGCACGUCUGACCAAGCGGAGAAGAGUUCGGAAUCCCGACGGAGGUACUCCUUUGAUUUCUGCUCCCUGGACAACCCGGAGACCCUUCCGUCCGACACCAGCUCGAAGACCCGGCACGGCCACCGGCAGAAGCAUCUCAUGGUGGACAACUUUCUGGCCCACGAGAGCCUCAAGAAGCCAAAGCACAAGAGGAAACGGAAAAGCCUGCAGAACCGUGACGACCUGCAGUUUCUGGCGGACCUGGAGGAGCUCGUCACCAAGUUCCAGGUGUUCAGGAUCUCCCACCGGACUUACACCUUCUACCACGAGAAUCCGUACCCCAGCAUUUUCCGGAUUAAUUUUGAUCACUACUACCCGGUGCCAUAUAUCCAGUAUGACCCCUUGCUGUAUCUUCGCAGGGCCUCAGACCUGAAGUCCAAAAAGAAGCGUGGUAGACCCGCUAAAACCAAUGACACCGUGACAAAGGUGCCUUUUCUACAAGGGUUCAGCUACCCUAUUCCCAGCGGAAGUUACUAUGCACCCUAUGGAAUGCCUUACACAUCAAUGCCUAUGAUGAACCUGGGUUAUUACAGUCAGUACCCAGCUCCCUUGUACCUCUCGCACACGCUCGGAGCCGCGUCCCCGUUCAUGAGGCCGACGGUGCCGCCUCCUCAGUUCCACACGAGCUCCCACGUGAAGAUGUCUGGGACAGCGAAGCAUAAAGCGAAGCACGGAGUCCACCUGCAGGGGCCUGUCGGCAUGGGCCUCGGGGACAGGCAGCCAGCCCUGAACCCUCCCAAGGCGGGCGGCGCGGGGCUGGCCAGCGGUCGGCUCCACAAGAGAAAACACAAACACAAGCAUAAGCACAAGGAAGACCGGAUCCUGGGGACCCAUGACAACCUGAGCGGUCUCUUCGUGGGCAAAGCCACGGGCUUCUCCAGCCACAUCCUGAGCGAGCGGCUGGGCGGUGCGGACAAGGAGCUCCCGUUGGUGGGCGAGAAGAAUAAGCCGAAAGAGAAGCAGAAGCACCAGCACAGUGAAGCCGGCCACAAAGCUUCCAAGAACAACUUUGAGGUGGACACCCUGUCUACACUGUCACUUUCCGAUGCUCAGCAUUGGACCCAGGCCAAGGACAAAGGCGACUUGGGCGGCGAGCCUGCGGACUCGUGCCCGAAAAGGUACUCCGGCGGCGGUGGCGACGGCGGCGGCACCAGACCUGAGAGCCUGGACGUGUUCAGUGACAUGAACCCUUCGAAUGACAAGUGGGACAGUGACAUGAGCGGGAGUAAAAGGAGGAGCUACGAGGGCUUUGGGACAUACAGGGAAAAGGACAUCCAGGCCUUCAAGAUGAAUCGCAAGGAGAGAAGCUCCUACGAGUCUUCCCUAUCACCAGGGAUGCCAAGUCCCCACCUAAAAGUGGACCAAACGGCACCGCACAGUAAGAACGAGGGCUCCGCGUCCACCAUGAUGACCAGGAAGAAGCCAGCGGCGGUUGACAGUGUGGCAAUCCCCCCGAGCCCAGUGUUAUCGCUCCUCGCUGCCUCUGCGGCCACGUCUGAUGCAGCCAGCUCCUCCCUGAAGAAGCGAUUCAAGCGGCGGGAGAUCGAGGCCAUCCAGUGCGAGGUGCGCAAGAUGUGCAACUACUCCAAGAUCCUGUCCACCAAGAAGAACCUGGACCACGUGAACAAGAUCCUGAAGGCCAAGCGGCUGCAGAGACAAUCAAAGACAGGCAACAACUUCGUCAAGAAGAGGAGAGGGCGUCCGCGAAAGCAGCCCACGCAGUUCGAUGAGGACUCCAGAGACCAAAUGCCGGUGCUGGAAAAAUGCAUCGACCUUCCCAGCAAGAGGGGCCAGAAGCCGAGCCUGAGCCCGCUCGUCUUGGAGCCAGCAGCCACUCAAGACACCAUCAUGGCUACCAUCGAGGCGGUCAUCCACAUGGCCCGGGAGGCACCGCCCCUGCCCCCGCCGCCCCCGCCGCCCCUCCCGCCCCCGCCUCCGCCGCCGCCCCCGCCUCCCCCACCCCUGCCCAAGACCCCCCGAGGAGGAGGGAAGAGGAAACACAAACCUCAGCCUCCUGCUCAGCCCCUGCAGCAGCCGCCCCCGCAGCAGCCCCUGCCCCAGGAAGAGGAGGUGAAGGCCAAAAGGCAGAGGAAGUCCCGAGGGAGUGAGAGUGAUGGCCUUCCCUAGGGUGGGUCUGGGCUUCUGAACCUGGGGCCGGGGGAACUGACACAUUGGAAGUGCAGUGAGCCGGGGUGGGGGCGGAAUCCCACGCUGCAGGGACACCCAUGCCCUUCUCUCCAGAAGCUGGGCAGGCAGAAUCGCGCCCGAUGACGGGGUGGAGCCAUCAGUAGCUCUUGGGAAAGCAAAGCAGGGGGACGCCUUCAAAAGAAGCUUGUCUGUGCUUUACAGCAGUUGCAAACCACGUGGCACUUCAGUAUGGCUAGAUCCUUUGCAGGCGAGCAGAAGACCCAUGGAGGAGCAGAAAGCCGGUGGUGCUCUCCGACAGCCACCCGACCUCCUGCAUCCAAGGUGCGUCUCUGAUUCCAUUGCAUUUGCUGGCCAGGAAAAUCGAAAGGGAAGCACCCUCAAUUAGGAAACAUUCCAAGGGGAGAAAAGCUGCAAAUUUCUCGACUGGCUUUGUUGUAACCCAUUUCCAUUUAAUUGGUUUUUACUUUUAUUUUGGUUUUUCCAAGCUCGGCUAGGCUUCGGGGCACCAACAUCAUCUUCAGGUGACCUGAAUCUUUCCGUUAACCAUACAGUUUCUCAGAUGGAUUCGUCAUCAGAAGGUGGAAUGCUAGUGAUAGGCAACCUUAGACGUGGAUCCAGAUCCUUCUGGAUGCCUCCUCUGUACCACACACUGAUACUUAGUGUAGUCGAUUCCUAGUUUUCCUUUGCCCAUUGUACUUCCCUAUACCUUUUCAUUAACUUACUUGUUGCCUUCUUUUCCUUGGUACACACCUAAAUAAUGUAAACUUUAUGUGUGUUGUAAUGUUCACCCUUGGCAUGCUGUCCCAAGGAACUUGGCUUUGAAUCCCAAUCAUUGUGAGACAGAUACUCAGUAUUGAUAGAGCCUUUUUAAUAAGUGAUUUAGAGCAGCCGAGGAUAUGUUGGCCGGGGUGUCAACCAGGUUAUUUUUAUACUUAAAACAUAUCAGCAGAGAAUAGGCAGAAUAAAAUGGUUUUAAUAACCCACAGCAAAUGGAAUAACUGACAAAUCACCAAAAAUUGAAACCCCAGACCCACCAGAAAGACAAUGUCUAGCAAUGCCUUGGUAUGUGAAUUUUCAUACAAGUAACUAUCGUAAGUCGUUGAAAAAAGGAAACAACAAGACAAUAGAAUAAGUCCAUUAUCUCUUGGUAAUUAUUUCUUAAAAGCAAAUGGGAGUAAGUGUUCUUAUCUGGAAAAAAAAAAAAGAAAGAAAGAAAA